AAGUAUUUCUCGAACCGGAAGAGCCUGUCCGUUGACCCAGAAUUGGUUUCCGUUGGAAGGGUUGUAAAUUUGGUGCUGAAUUUUGCUACACAGUGGAGUGACAAACCACGACUGUACUUUUUAAAAUCAUCUUUAUUUAAACAUAGGAGUGACUGAGAGCUGCUCGAUGUGAGUCUAGCAGCCGUCGACCAUGAGUAACAGCCACCCUCUGCGUCCACUGGCCUCGGUGUCGGAGAUCGACCACAUCCACUUGUUGUCGGAGCAGCUGGGAGCCCUGGUGCUUGGCGAGGAGUACAGCGAUGUUACCUUCAUCGUGGAGGGGAAGCGGUUCCCGGCGCACCGCGUCAUCCUGGCAGCUCGCUGUCACUACUUCAGGGCCCUUCUGUACGGUGGGAUGAAAGAGUCUCAGCCCCAGGCAGAGGUGAGUUUAGAGGAGACUCGGGCCGAAGCCUUCUCCAUGCUGCUCCACUACCUGUACACGGGCCGGGCCAGCCUCAGCUCCGCCCGGGAAGAGGUGCUGCUGGACUUCCUGGGCCUGGCUCACCGCUACGGCCUCCAGCCACUGGAGGACUCCACCUCAGAGUUCCUCCGCACCAUCCUGCACACCAACAACGUCUGUCUGGUUUUUGACGUGGCCAGUCUGUACUCUCUGAGCGCGCUCAGUGCGGCCUGCUGUGCCUAUAUGGACAGGCACGGACCUGAAGUGUUGAAUUCUGACGGCUUUCUCUUGCUCUCCAAGACUGCUUUGCUGACUGUGGUCAGGCGGGACUCUUUUGCUGCCAGUGAGAAGGAGAUCUUCCAGGCCUUGAGCCGUUGGUGCCGGCAGCACGAGGAGGGAGUCGACACCCAGGAAGUGAUGUCAGCAGUGCGGCUGCCGCUCAUGACUCUGACAGAGAUGCUGAAUGUGGUGCGACCGUCCGGCCUGCUGAGCCCAGACGACCUGCUGGAUGCCAUCAAGACCCGCUCUGAGAGCCGCAACAUGGACCUUAACUACCGCGGCAUGCUCAUCCCAGAGGAGAACAUUGCCACCAUGAAGUAUGGAGCUCAGGUGGUGAAAGGGGAGCUGAAGUCGGCGCUGCUGGACGGAGACACUCAGAACUACGACCUGGACCACGGCUUCUCCAGACAUCCCAUCGAGGAUGACUGCCGGGCCGGGAUCCAGGUCAAACUGGGCCAGUCGUCCAUCAUCAACCACAUCCGCUUGCUGCUGUGGGACAGAGACAGUCGGUCCUACUCCUACUACAUCGAGGUAUCUAUGGAUGAGCUGGACUGGGUGCGUGUUGUGGACCAUUCAAAGUACCUCUGCCGCUCUUGGCAGGAACUGUUCUUCACGCCACGAGUUUGCAGGUACAUUCGCAUUGUGGGAACACACAACACCGUCAACAAAGUCUUCCACCUCGUAGCUUUUGAAUGCAUGUUCACCAACCGCUCCUUUACCCUGGAAAAUGGACUUUUGGUGCCCGGUGAGAACGUGGCGACCAUUGCAUCGUGUGCCAGUGUCAUUGAAGGUGUGAGCCGUAGCAGGAAUGCCUUGCUCAACGGCGACACGCGCAACUACGACUGGGAUUCCGGCUACACCUGCCACCAGCUGGGCUCCGGGGCGAUCGUCAUCCAGCUGGCUCAGCCCUACUCCAUUGGAUCCUUGAGGCUGCUGCUGUGGGACUGUGACGAGCGCUCCUACAGUUAUUACAUUGAAGUCUCCACCAACCAGCAGCAGUGGACCAUGGUGGUCGACCGCACCAGGGUACCAUGUCGGUCAUGGCAGACAUUGAAGUUUGAUAAGCAGCCUGCUUCCUUCAUCCGUAUUGUUGGGACUCACAACACUGCUAAUGAGGUGUUCCACUGUGUUCACUUCGAGUGUCCAGCCCAGCUGGACACCGACGUUAAGGAAGGCAGCCCGGGCCAGGACUCUCCUGAUUCUGGGUCCGCCUCCCCGCAGCCGCGACCCUAUCGAGCUUCACGCGUACACGGCCUGCUGCCCUCCCAGCCCUCACCCCCCUCAUCGUAUUCCUCACAGUCCCAUCAUUAAGAGCGCCCUCCUCGCCAUCCUCGGAAGGCGUCGAGAGGAAGGGAAACCUCGGAAUGCCAUUUUGCACAGCCUCCAUCAUCCAGACUGCACUGCUACAAUGCUGCUAAAGGCGAUCGUCUCAUUGUCAUAACCCAUGGUCCUUCUGUCAUAAGUGCAACAUUAGAGACUGGUAUAUCUGUAGGAGCAGCGUUUUAGGGCUCCAGUCUUCCCAGUUCGGAUACAGAAGGUUAGGUGUUGCAUCCACUGGCUCAUACACUUUGUGAAGGUACUUUUUAGCUACUAAGACUCAAGUUUUUCCCUUCAAAAAUCAUCAAAGUGGGGUCUUUACUUCUCCAAAGACGAGGCACACACUGAAAUGUGGUUAUACUGUACCACCAAAGAGAGAGAGGUGUGUGUGUGUGUGUGUGUGUGUGUGUGUGUGUGUGUGUGUGUGUGUGUGUCUGUGUGUGUGUGUCUGUGUGUGUGUGUGUAUUUCCAAAAGAGAAGGAUUUUUAUCCUUGAACAAACUAUUUUUUUAAGAAACUGUCUUAAAAUGACUCUACUCCCUUUUCAUACCAUCAAGCUAACAGAGUAGCAAUCGAGUAUUUUUCAAAGUUUGGAAUUCAAUUCUUCAAAGGUUUUGCCAAAGCUGUUGAGCUAAUGCAUUCUGUGGCAUUUGUAUGCAAUUUGCACUUAAUCCAGUUAUGCAUUUGCAUAUUAAUGAAUGGCUUUUGAGUAUUUGUUGACAGGCUUUCACACCCGAAACCCAAAAUCUGUGGUCCUUAUCAGGUGUGACUUUUUGAUAGAUAAAAAUCCAUGGCUCAAGAAAAACCUCACAAAAAUUCAACUUGAGUUAAAGUGUCUUAAUUUAGUAUUUAAAGCACUUGAAUAUCUUAGCACAAAGGAUUUGGGGAAAUCAAUUAGGUAGUGUAAUUUGGAGCUGUGGGGCCCGGACCAAAUUAUGUAUGCACUAGGGCUGCAAG